UUCAUAUUAUCAUAGUCAUAUAGCAAAAACUACUUUCAUUACUUGUGUUCGAUCGAGAGAGAAAUUAAAUUAAAUGGGUUGUGAGAGUACUAAAACAUGGUUGGUUCUAUCUCUUGUUCUCAUGGUUGCAAGCAUCAUGCAACGUAGUACUGUCCUUGGAGAAUCCCAAGUGCCUUGCAUUUUUGUGUUUGGGGAUUCUCUAUCUGAUAGUGGAAACAACAACAAUCUUCCAACCUCCGCAAAAGCUAAUUUCUUGCCAUAUGGCAUCGACUUCCCUGCAACUUUCCCAACUGGAAGAUAUUCCAACGGAAGAAAUCCCAUUGACAAAAUAGCACAAUUGUUGGGAUUUCAGGAAUUCAUCCCACCCUUUGCAAACCUUAGUGGCUCGGACAUAUUAAAAGGUGUCAACUAUGCAUCCGGUUCAGCCGGAAUUCGCAAGGAGAGCGGCGGCCAAUUGGGUCAUAACGUCAACUUGGGAUUACAACUACUUCAUCACAGAGCCAUAGUGUCUCGAAUUUCCCACAAACUUGGAGGUUUAGACAAAGCUACACAAUACCUUAAUCAAUGCUUGUAUUAUGUGAAUAUAGGCACCAAUGAUUUCGAACAAAAUUACUUCCUUCCCAAUGUAUUCAACACAAGCCGCAUGUAUACCCCGAAGCAAUAUGCUAAAGCUCUUAUCCACCAAUUAUCUCAUUACUUACAGACUUUGCAUCAUUUUGGGGCAAGAAAGUCCGUGCUGGUUGGGUUGGAUCGCUUAGGUUGCAUUCCAAAGCUCAUGGUAAAUGGAUCUUGUGUUGAGGAGAAGAAUGUUGCUGCAUUCCUUUUUAAUGAUCAGCUGAAAUCUCUAGUGGACCGAUUCAACAAGAAAAUCUUAAUUGAUUCCAAAUUCAUCUUUAUAAAUAGUACAUCCAUAAUCCGUGACAAAUCUGCUGGUUUCACGGUCACUCAUCAUGGUUGUUGCCCGACAAAUGUAAAGGGAAAAUGUAUUCGUGAUGGUAUUCCAUGCCAGAAUAGGAAUGAGUAUGUAUUUUGGGAUGGAAUUCACACAACAGAAGCUGCAAACUUAGUCACUGCAAUAACUUCGUACAACUCUUCUAAUCCCGCGAUCGCGUACCCAACAAAUAUCAAACACCUUGUUCAAUCCAAUACAAUAAAUUAGUUCAAGGUGUCCCUAAAUAAGUUCAAGUAAUCUAGCAUGACCAUUCAUUUUAUGUAUUCUUUCGUUGCUUCUAAUUUGUUUUUGUGUUCUAGUACCUUAUUUUGAUUAAUGGAUGAGGAAUUGCAUUGGUUUGAUCAUUUUCUUGGAUAUAUA